AUGGGAGACUACGGAGAGGGAGGUGAUUCCGUCCAUUUCUUGCUAAUUGCCGUAAAAAACGGCCCGGAAGAUGCAGCGCCGCACACUGGCGACUGGCGCGCUCCAAUCGAACCUCUUGUACAAGAUGGUGCGCCAAAACGAAUGAAGCCGUAUUUUCCUGGCCGUAUUUUACGGCAAUUAGGAAGAAAUGGACGGAAUCACCCCCCUCUCCGUAGUCUCCCAUCCUGUAUACGAAUACUCCAUCUGAAGUCUGCACUACCUCAGAUUCGUGGGGUGAUGCCUUUAAGCAUGCUGCUGUGA